CAGCAGGGCAAUUCAAAGGAUCUCGUUUCUCGAACAUUCACUCCGCCCAACUUCUUUCCCUAUUGCAAAGAUCUCUACGAGAAUAUUUAUUUCACUGACAAUGGAGUGAUCAUUUUGUCCAAUGACAAAAACUUGAACAAGUUGUCAUUCUCAAGUGCGCUGAGUAGCUCUUUUGAGGGAGCAGCGUUGGUGAUAGCUGCCUUCUGGGCCGAUAACCAGGCCAGUGCGUUCACAUCCAAAAGUAACGUCUUCUGGCAGGUGCAUGACAAGUACCAAGCAGAGGUCAAUCAGACCACAUUAGAUGCACUGAGUGUCCUUGUCUCUGCAAAUUCGGGCCUGCUGGGGUCAGAGUUCAGCAGCUUUGCAGCAGAAUGGGCUCUAGUUGUCACCUGGAGCAAUGUUGAAUCUGCCUCCAACAUACAGGGGACUAACACUUUCCAAGCUGUGCUCUUGACUGACGGACUUCAUAGCUUUGUCGUCUUCAACUAUGACCCCUGUGGCAUGAACUGGGAUAUCACGUUCCUGGCCAACAGGAACGUGAUCCAGGGCUUCACCUGUGGGCAGUCUGGUGGGAGCACCUACCUCAACCUUGCAAGUGGCUCAGAGUUCCGUCCCGGCACUGUGGUCGGUAACACGAGGAGGAAGGGCCGCUGGGCCUACCAGCUGGACUCCCGCGACUCCCCUGACUCGGAGUUUGUCAACCCGCGACUCUUCUGUCGGACUUGGCACAGCAACCAGGCACCAUACGAGACCCUGACGGAGUCCCUCCAGAAGUUCAACAACUCCUGCCCUUGCAGUCAGAAGAUGGCAGAGGAAGACUCGCAGUUUGAGUCCAUCUCCAGUUACACUUACUUCCUGCCGACCACGACAAGCCUGGGAUUCGAUGCUGAGUGCUACGUCCUGACUUUCCAUGAUUCGGGGACACCGGGACCACGUUGCUGCUACAACUUGGACACUGGUGGUCUCGUGAGUGACGUGAGAAGUCCCCGUGUUGCUACAGUGUUUGAAAGAUUCCCGCUGAGUCCCCAGGAUUACACAUCUGACCUGUUCCAAAAGCUGUACAAUGAGGAGAUCUUGCCCCGCUAUUACUGCUGCGAAGAAUCCAACCUGUGCAACCUGUACCGAGAGUGGCGCCCUCUGCUGACUUGUGAUAACUAUGUUCCCGAUUCCUGGGGUUGGUCUGUUGGGGAUCCCCACAUCCGCACGAUGGAUGGAGUGCCAUACACGUUCAACGGCUAUGGCGAGUACACGCUGGCUCUGAUAGUUGACGGUGGCAGCCAGAAACUGUUUGAGCUGCAGUGCCGGACGGACCGUGCCGAGAAUACUAACACUGGCCAACUUGCCCAGGCCACGUUCUAUUCUGGCUUUGCUGCACAGCUUGUUGGCGGUGCGAGGAUUGAGAUUAAACUGAACAGCGAUGCCACUGACCUAACCACAACACUCAAUGGACAGAUAGUGACACCCACAGAGUCAGGAGUGGUAAGUGGCAAUUUCAUCGUGAAGAGAUCAGGGGGGCGUGUGUUGGCUGUUUAUGCUGCCGGAAUGGAAUUCAGCGUUGGGCUAAGCAACGGCUUUGCCGACAUCACAGUCAACUUUGACGACAAAUACAAGGGACAGCUGACUGGAUUGCUUGGUUUCUGGGAUGACAAUUCCAGUAACGAUGCCCAGAAAAGAGAUGGCACUUUACAGCCAGCAACGGGCGCUGGUGGCACCAUGCUGGAGAAAGACUUUUUCAUGUUUGGGGAAACUUGGCGUAUUUCUGAGGCCGAUUCACUCUUCUACUAUGUUCCACCGGAGAGCUAUGCCACGGAGAAUGAUCUGACCUUUACCCCAGUCUUCCUGGACGACCUACUGGCGAAUGCCCCAGCAGACCAGCGCCAAGCUGCCGAGAGCACCUGCGGUGAUAAUAAAGUGUGUCUCUACGAUGCACUGUCCACUGGGGAUGAGAGCAUUGGCGCAGCGUCGUCAGCACAGAAUUCACAGAAUACUGUCAGUGAAGAAUUGGCCACCAACUUCCCGCCAACCCUGACUGAUGUGCUGUCCAUCAAGGUGGUGGUAGGCCAGGUCUUCACGCUGAGCCUGGAGGCGGUUGACCAAGAUGGGGAUGCCAUCACCUUUGCGCUGCUGGAAUCAGUCCAAGGUGCCUCCAUCACACCACAAGGUGGAGUGUUUACGUGGAAACCAGUUGAUAGGGCAAAGGUCAAGAUUGGAUUCCUAGCCACAGAUGGCAAAGCCAAUGCCACAAUGGAGCCAAUCGUUCAGCUGUGCGACUGUCAAAAUGAGGGGACAUGCCUGGAGAACCAGUAUGUGGCCGAUACCAAUCUUGUCCAAGACCGCUUUGGGGUCCUGCUCUGUCAGUGCAGUGCGGGCUGGUCUGGUGAGCUGUGCGAGAUCAACUUUGAUGCCUGCGCUGACAACCCCUGUUUCCCUGGGGUAACUUGCUUUGACGAGGACCCACCAUCGCUGGAGAGCAACUGCGGGCCUUGUCCAGCCGGACUGGAUGGGGAUGGCAAGACAUGUAGAGAUAUCGACGAGUGCACACUGUACCAGAAUCAGCCAGCCAGCAGUGGAGGCCCCGGUUGCGACCAGAUUUGCAUCAACACCUUGGGCAGUUUCAACUGCAGCUGCAGGUCUGGCUACUUGCUGUACCCGGAUGGCAGACAGUGUAUCGAUAUCAAUGAAUGUGAUCUCCAGACGGACGGGUGCUCUGAGGAUGCUGCAUGCACCAACAUCCCUGGUGGUUAUAACUGCAGCUGCAAUCCGGGGUUUAUUGAUGUGAGUGGUGAUGGAACUUCCUGUCAAGACAUUGAUGAAUGCAACGGCCCAAAUAACUGUCAUGCCAAUGCUGACUGCGGCAACACCCACGGCUCAUACCGGUGCACAUGCCGUCAAGGUUAUGAAGGCAGUGGACUGGAAUGCACAGAUGUGAAUGAAUGCACAAGAAAUCUUGACCAGUGUGAUGCACAGGCCACAUGCAUCAAUACUGUGGGAUCCUACAACUGCUCUUGCAACAAAGGCUGGACCGGUGACGGGCGCACCUGCUCCAAUGAGAACGAAUGCGCCAGGCUGGCACCAGUCUGUCACUUGAAUGCCACAUGCACUGACACAAUGGGCAGCUUCACCUGCCAGUGCAAUGCCGGUUUCACUGGUAGUGGCAUGGAGUGUGUAGAUGUGGACGAGUGUUCUUCAGGCACUGCAGGGUGCCACCCCACCCUUGGUGUGUGCACCAAUACGAUUGGUAACUAUACAUGCCAGUGCAUGCCUGGAUAUGGUGGAGAUGGCCGGAAGUCCUGCAUUGAUAUUGAUGAGUGUCAGAUUGGAAACCAUGAUUGUUCAGUCAGCGCAGACUGUGUCAAUGUGCUUGGUGGCUAUGAAUGUUCUUGUCAGACUGGAUACACUGGGAAUGGAACACACUGCACAGAUGUUGAUGAGUGUACUCUGGGAACACAUGACUGCAUUCAAAUUUGCAGAAACACCGAGGGAUCGUACAACUGCACAUGCAGUGAGGCCUUCGCGAUGCAACCCAACGGAAGCUGUACCGCUGUCUCCUCAUGUUCACCAAGCACAUCCUGCAUAAAUGGUGACUGCUUCCAAGAUAACGGAAUAGACAAGUGUAUAUGCUUCAGUGGCUACAAUGCAACUAGUAAUGCUGCUGUAUGUGAAGAUAUUGACGAAUGCAGUACGUCCGUGCACAGUUGCAGUGCCAACUCAAAGUGCAACAACACAGAUGGCAGUUACGAGUGCAUCUGCGAUGCGGGCUACACUCCCAACAGUGACCAAAGAAGCUGUGCAGAUGUGGAUGAGUGUAGCAUGAACUUACAUAACUGUGAGGGGAUCAGUGAGGUUUGUGUUAACCAGGAACCCCUUUUCAGAUGCGACUGCAAACCUGGAUUCUCCAAGGAUCAGGUUGGAAGCUGUUUAGAUAUCAAUGAAUGUUUGGAUGAUGCCUUGAAUGACUGCCAUGAGGAUGCCAACUGCAUCAAUAACAAUGGCUCCUACACCUGCCAGUGCAAAAAUGGCUUCACCGGCAAUGGGCGCCAGUGUUUUGAUAUUAAUGAGUGUGCACUGCCCGUCAGUGACCCGUUGUUUGCCGGCUGUGAUCCCAAUGCGGCAUGCAUUGACCUCACAGGCUCCUUCCAGUGUAAAUGCAGUAUGGGAUAUCAAGGCAACGGCAGAAACUGCACAGAUAUUGACGAAUGCCAAGGCUCUGUCUGUGCCAGUUUCAGUACAUGCCAAGACACUGAGGGCAGCUACCUCUGCAUGUGCUUGGCCGGUUACCGCGGCGAUGGUUUUACAUCCUGUGUGAACAUCGAUGAGUGCCAGGAGAACCCAGACCUCUGCCACCCCAUGGCCACCUGUUCGGACACACUCGGAGGCUACACUUGCAGUUGCAUUGCCGGUUACCAAGGCAACGGCACACACUGUGAAGAUUUGAAUGAGUGCACAAAUGGUUCUCAUAAAUGCGCCGUUGGACGAGCAUCGUGUAUAAACAACGAUGGAAGUUACACAUGCACUUGCAGUGCUGGAUACGUGUCCUCUGAUGAUGGUUUACCUGGUCGACAGUGCGAUGAUAUCAAUGAAUGCGCCCUAAGUCUGGAUUCUUGUGACACAACUACCUCUUUCUGCAACAACGUCAAUGGCAACUACACCUGCGACUGUUUGGACGGCUAUGAGAAGAACCCCAUGGGUCAAUGUAACGAUGUGAACGAGUGUGAUGCAGGAAAUCCAUGCGAAAGCAAGGCCAACUCAGAAUGCAGCAACUUACCAGGAACAUACGAAUGCACCUGCCAAAUUGGAUUCUACGAACAGAAUGCCAUAUGUCAAGAGGCCUUUUCCUUCAAUGCCUCGGCAGUAUUUGAUGUCAUCAGUGGCACAAAUGUGGGGGGAACUGGCUUUGACUUUGUUGCUAAUUACUUGACUUAUCGCGAGGCGCUGAAGAAUGCGACCGAGGCCAUUUUCCGACGUUCGUCACUGGCUAGUACUUUUGGAGACGUGGUGGUCACUGACCUGUCGCUUGUCACAAGCUCCACGGCCCAGGUUAAAAUGGUGGUUAACUUCCACACGACACAACCGGGGGAAUUUGCCAUCAUCCAGGUGUUCCUGAGUCAUUUGACAGGAUCAAAUGGUGGUCAGCUAGCCCCCAACCACAGGCUGAUCAGGCAGACAUUCAUCAUCGGGGAGCCCAAAUGCGAUGCCAUGCCUUGCAGAAACAGUGGUGAGUGCAUUGAAGACAAUGUGGCACCUGAAGGCUACACGUGCAGCUGCACACCAGGAUUCAGUGGUCAGAACUGUGAAAUUGCCCCUUGCGGCAUCAGUCCAUGCAUGAAUGGUGGAACCUGCAGUGAGGACUCAACAUUUGCUGCGGGCUACACUUGUGCAUGUGCCCAAGGCUAUAAUGGACUCCAGUGUCAAACAAUAGCACCUUGCGAAGUGGGCAAUGACUGCAUGAAUGGCGCUACCUGCAUCAACAUGUUGGCCAACGUACGCGGAUACACCUGCACCUGUCCAGUGGGUUUCAUGGGAGACAACUGCCAGACGGAAUGUACACUGUCAUGCAGCAAUAACGGCACGCUUGACCUCGCCACCUGUUCUUGUUCCUGUGUUGAAUACUGGGAUGGACCCAGCUGCUCAGCUGCAAAUCCUUGCUCUUCUGACAGCAGUCUGUGCUCGGGGACCGGCCAGGAGUGCAAACCAGCCGAGUCUGCAGCCGGCUAUUCCUGCCAGUGCCGAGCAGGGGACGGAUAUUUUAAGCAAGAAGAUGGCUCCUGUCAACAUUAUGACAAAGCUCAUGGCAAAUGCUGCCACCAGUCAUGUCCAGACAGUGGAAAUCGUGUCUCUCACAAACGGCAGCGUUGUCAUCAAUGCUGUGGCAGCAUUCUCUUCCAACCAGGCUCUGCCAUUAACAGGGAAUCUGUUACCACAAAUACUCCACUCACGAUAGAGACACCUACGACCACCAAACCAGAAGCUGUUACCACAAAUACUCCACUCUCGGCAGAGACUCCUAAGACCACCACACCAGAAGCUGUUACCACAAAUACUCUACUUACAACAGAGACACCUACGACCACAACACCAGAAGAUAGGCCAUCAACUCUAGCCGCAGUGCUCAUCAUAGUCGGCGUUGUCGUUUCUCUCUUCGCGUUGCUGGGCCUGAUCCUCUGCUGUUGUCUUGUGCUACGCCAGCGGUAUGAGAAGGGCCUGGCCUACAGUCAGCGAGGCAGCUUGCCCUACGACACACGGUACAAAUAUGGCCUGGAUGACUAUGAUCGUCGCAGCCAGGUUUCACAUCACACGUCUCAGUUGGCAGAGGACGAGCAAAGAAUGGAUCGUCUGAUGAGUAUCAUGAGUCGCUCACCAUAUGUUCAGCAGGGUUUGCCAGGCCGACAGGAGUUCAUCCGACCCUACAUAGCGACAGGAAUAGAAGCACAGUAUAUGGGGGAUCCUUUGAAUGAUGAGAGCAGUGUUGCAGGCCGUGUUGUGUACAACCCAGUCGCCCGCUAAACAGCCUUGAAAGGGUGUAUAUUUUCUAAAGUCCUUUUUUUGAACAGUGCCAAGCAACUGAUUUUAUUAAUUUUUCAUAUAUGUCUUAAGAGUCUGAUCUUCAGAUGAUUCUAGUUGAAAUUUCAGUGGAGAGUUGUUUAUUUUGUCAAAAUAAAAAUGGGAACUUAGGGAAAAUAUGUGGAAAUGAGGGUCUAAAGCAAGGCAUCAAAAGAAAAGAACCAUAGACUGUUAACUGGAGGACCUUGUGUUGACUUUUGAAGUUUUAAAGCAAUUCUUGUCGAUUACGCCGGAUGUGGACCCACAAAACACAGUGACAGUUUGACAAGAGUGUUUAAAAUCCAAAAAGAUGGGUUCAAAAUAUGAGGAGCAGCAGUAACAACUUGAGUUGCCACCACGAGUGACUGUUUUCCAAGGAAAACUGAAACCGUCGUUGAUUAAGAUCUUCAAAGUGACACUGUAACCUUCCCUUCUUCCUUUUCUUGAAAUGACUCCACCCCCUAUCAGGUUAUAUACACUCAUAUUUUUAAAUCAUUUUAUACUCUAGAAUUCCAAGUUUGGAAAAUUGAUGGGUAUAAGGUUUAUAUUUCUUUGAAACAUACUACUGUAAGCAAUUUAUAUUUUAGAAAUAGACAAAUAUUAUUAAAAUAGACAAAUAUUUUCUAGCCAUUCUGCAGUGCAGCCAUGUCUUUCAUUUUUUAAAAGUUGCGUAUAUCAAAGUCUAUGCAUUAGUUUUAUAUAUUCUCAUAGCAAAGGCUUCAUCUUAAAAAAUCUGAAAAUAUAACUAUUUUUAUUACUUUGGAAAAGUCAACUGUAUUCUCACGGAAAACGUUUGUCGGUACAUUUAAAAUAAAAACGGUGAAGGCAAGGGA